GUGAUGCAAGUUGCUAUUUUAUUGCACCUUUUGUACUUUGCACAUGGGCUGCGGGAAACUGGGUGGUUGCAGUGUGUUUCUGGUUACUCGCAGCUUCUCACGUCCAUCCUGGAGGAACAAGAGAAACAAUGUAGUGGAGCUGUUCCCAGGUGCUGGGCUGCUCUUACCCCGGCCUGGGGGCGGAGCUGAUGAGCAGAUUAGUGGCUAAUGAACUGAGAGGCAGUGACAUGAUGAUGGGGCGACAAUCAACUUGUCACACAACACCUUUCCCUCACAGUGGAGGCCAAUAUCUGCUGAUGAGAGCAUGUGCUGGGCCUCCUGCAGGUAGGAGGGCAGAGCAAGACCUGCUAGGAGCUCGGGUGUGCACUCGCAGUCACCCUACAGACUGGUGGAGUGAGUGCAUUCCAGGGAAUGAGAUUCAGCUGUUUGUGGGGACUGAACCAAAGCGCAAAAUGAAUGAGGCAAUUCGAUGUACAUUGGUAAACUGCAUCUGUCUGGGAUUUAAGCCUGCAAAAAUAAGCCCCCGCCAUUGUGAGCAAUGCAGGCAUGGAUGGGUGGCCCAUGCUUUAAGCAAGUUACAGAUUCCGCAGUUCUAUCCCACCAGCCAAGUUGAGAUUGUUCAGUCCAGCGUAGUCUUUGAUAUUAGCAGCCUUAUGCUUUAUGGCACUCAAGCUAUUCCCAUUCGGCUGAAAAUUCUGCUUGAUCGGCUUUUCAGUGUCCUGAAGCAAGAAGAGGUUCUACAGAUCCUACAUUCACUGGACUGGACACUUCAAGACUACAUCCGUGGUUAUGUUCUUCAGGAUGCAUCUGGAAAAGUCUUAGAUCACUGGUCUAUAAUGACAGUUGAAGAAGAAUUGGCGACAUUGCAGCAGUUUCUGCGUUUUGGGGAAACAAAAUCUAUCGUAGAACUUAUGGCAAUCCAUGAAAAAGAAGGAUACUCUGUGCUCGUGCCCAACACUAGAACAAAUUCUGACAUUAGAGCCUUUAUUGAGAGCAGCAACUCCAGGAGCAGCCCUAUUCUACCUUCUACGCUGGAUAAAGUGUCUUCAUCUUCGUUACAUCCAUUUGAGAACAUGAUCAAUAACAUGGCCUUCACACUACCAUUCCAGUUCUUUAGCCCGGUGCCUCCCCCUCUCAUCGGCUCACCACCUGAGAGGCCACUCACUGAAAGAAGUCAUGACCGAGGGAACGAAAGCAAACAAGAUGCCCAUAUGUCAUUCUCUGAGAGCAGCUUCUUGACUUCCAGUUCUGCAUCAUUUCAUUUGGAAAAUGAGCCCAACAUAAGUGCUCAUGAUGUCAUCACCAAAGCAGAAGAUGAUAGCCCCUUAAGUGAUUCCAGCUCGCACAACACAGUGACAAACUAUGAUAUGGGUUCAAUUUCUCCUGACAGUAAGCUGAGGGCUGAUGAGCGAAAUGGUGCUGGACCCAGAAAGGGCCGUGUCUUCUGCACUGCGUGUGAGAAGACAUUUUAUGACAAAGGAACAUUAAAGAUACAUUACAAUGCUGUCCAUCUGAAGAUAAAACACAGGUGCACCAUUGAGGGCUGCAAUAUGGUAUUUAGUUCUCUACGCAGCAGAAAUCGGCACAGUUCUAACCCUAACCCACGACUACAUAUGCCAAUGAAUAGAAAUAAUAGAGAUAAAGAUCUCAGGAAUGGACUAAUGAUCUCUGUAUCGGAGGAUCACAAAAGGCUGGGACUUAAAACUCCCUCUAUGGACAACAGAUCUGCUAAUAGCUAUGGAAGUCCUGGUACUGACCUAAAGAUUCCAACUGGUCUGCCCAAUGUUGGACAGUCUUGUGUUCUUAUUCCUAACUUGAAAACUGUUCAACCAGUUCUACCUUUUUACCGAAGUCCGGUCACACCAGCUGAGAUUGCCACUACCCCUGGCAUGCUCCCUUCCCUACCAUCCAUCUCUUCAUCCAUCAGUGAGAAGCUGGUUUCCACAGAUCUACCUUUAGAUGCAAUGCCGAAAAAGAAGUCUAGAAAAUCCAGCAUGCCCAUUAAAAUCCAGAAAGAAUCUGUGGAUGCCCCAAAUGAAAGCACGGAAAAUAAUCGUUCUGAAGAGGAUGUGUCACCCAGCAAGGAUGAUGAUCACAUUUUUGAUGAGGAAAAUGUAGAAUCCCCGGUAGAAAUUCCAAGUAGUCUCGAGAGGGAUCAUGUGCAUUUUUCUAAUUCAAUACAGCCCCGGAAUGGGGAGGAACAACAUUUUCACUCUGUUAUAGAGAAAAGUUAUGACAAUACUUCUUCCGAAUCUGAAAAUGAAUUUCAUCCCUUCAAAACAGAGCCAGCACUGAAAGUGGAUCCUAGUGAAAAUAAAUAUGAACACUCCAACCACUUUAAUGUUGUGAAGCAGCUGGCUGACCCCUCCUUGUAUAAUAAUGAACAGCCAAAACAUGCAGAUUCUGGGGACAGUAUUGAAUUUCGACAUUACCCUUUGACCGGAGGCAUAUUUGGUGCAAUAUCUAACAAGAGCUCUGGCUUAGGUAACACUGCAGAGCUAGAACGCAGAGACCAGCACUUAGAUAUUCCCAAGGAAGAAAAUCGCUUUCACUGUGAAAUCUGUAAGAAGGCAUUUAAGAACCCUUACAGUGUUAAAAUGCAUUACAAAAAUGUCCACCCCAAAGAAAUGCAUUUAUGUACAAUCAACGGCUGCAGCGCUGCUUUCCCUUCUCGAAGGAGCAGAGACAGGCACAGUUCUAAUCUGAAUCUCCAUCAUAAGCUACUGACCAGAGAUGCUUUGGAACUGCAGAAUAACCCUUACAAUAUCCCUUAUCUUCUGAAAGACAUGGCCAAGGAUCACCACCAGUACUCCCCACUGAAAAACCCAGGACAGACGUCUGUGAUCUUCAAAGGGAUGAACCGAACAGGGAGUCUGGUUUAUCCCAUGAGCAAGAUCAGAGAGCCUUGUUUGGACAGCUUUGGUGCAGAUCCUGUGAAUGACAGCGUUGUGCUGGAUUUGAGCACCACUGCAAGUGUCAAGUCUGCAAGCAGUUCACAUUCCUCCUGGGACUCGGACGGCGGUAGUGAAGAAGGUAACCAACCAGUGGAAGAUAGUGAUGAAAGCUGUGAAGGCUUGAGCUUUAUAUCCCAGGAUGAGCUUUACCAGAAUUUUAAUUUGGUUAAUAGAGCUCAUCAGAGUUUUUCAAAUAUACCCUCUGGUAUACCAAUAACCUGCCACAUCUGCCAAAAAACUUACAGUAACAAGGGGACAUUCAGGGCCCAUUACAAAACUGUGCACCUCCGGCAACUUCACAAAUGCAAAGUGACUGGCUGCAAUACCAUGUUUUCCUCUGUGCGUAGUCGGAACCGACAUAGCCAAAAUCCCAACUUGCACAGAAGCUUUACGGAGUCAACAAAUACUGUGUAGUAUCAGUGAAAAUAAAAAAUGUUUGUUCCUUUAUAGCCUUAGUUUUGAUUUAGAUUUAUGCCAAUAUUGGAUAUUUAUUUGAACAUUUGUUGCCAAAAUGGCCAGAUUUAUGUUGCUGGGUCCCCCACUUAGAAAACAUAUAAUAAUUUAUUAUAAGAAACAUGUAUAGGAAUAGCAGAAGUCUGCUUUUCUGUAACUCUUUCAUUUCAAUGUCUGUGUUGUUCUUUUUGCUCAACAAAACACAUUUCUCUAAAAAAAACAUGUUUUAUUAAAAAAUAAGAGACUGCACCCUGGUUUCUUCACUCAAAGGGAGGCAGCCAUACUUGGAGGCUGAACCAAUAUUUAUUAGAAUGUAGUCUGUUCUGCUUAAUAAGAACCAAUGACAGCCACUUGUGUCUCUGAUCUGUGAUGUCAUUGGUUCCCAGUGCACUGAUAGGCUGCAUUCACCUGAAUAUUAAUUGUGCCCACAAAUCCUUAAUCCAUUGUGUGUGGGGGACAUACUGUAGGCACUUUAAUAUGAGAUAUGUCUUGACGAUAAAUAUGCCAAUUCACAUCUAUACCAACAAGUAGCAGUGUUAAACCCAUUAUAAAACAUAUUUUUUUUAGACAAUAUAAAAGCAUUUUCUAAAGUAUGUAUAAACUUUAUACCAUGACCUUUCACUUUAAAUAAGGGCAUGGCCCUGAAAUUUUAUUUACAUUUUUUUUUUUUUUUUUACAUUUUAAUAGUCAUUGUCCCUGACUGAUGCUUUAAUAUGUUUUUCUAUGUAGAAUGCAUGUGUAUGAGUGAAUACAGACUUUUUCAGGAAAAAGUAUGUUUCAUGACAUAACAGUGGGAUGGAUUCCUACUUACCAGAUGUUUGUAAUGGGAAUAAGGAACAUGUCGCUCACUGCUAUCUUUUCAAUGCAUCUUUUUCAUUUUAGGAAAAAACAUUGUCUUGAAAGAACGCUACAAUGAUGCAUUUCAAAUUAGAGGAUGUGCAAACCGCUCCUUUUACUGACCGCAAAAACAAAAAUUGGCAAACUACUGCUGUUACCGUGCCAGCUGCAAAAAUAUAAAAAUACUUUCAUGUGUUUGUAGAAAAUAACCUGUGUAAGUAGUAUUGUGAUUAUGUAAAUUGUACAGUUUUGAUACCAUGUCACUUAAGAAUUGUCACUGUAAAAUGUUGUUGUCAUGCUGUAUGCUAUGCACUUGUUAUAGGCAUUUUUGUAUUAAAAUGCUUUGUUCACUUUCA